AUGACACUUCACCACGACAGAUAUUUCGUAACAAAACUAUCACAAACGUAUGAAUCUGAGCAUUUAUCAUUAGCUUGUCAGUUAGAAAAUAUUUUAUCGCGUCAUUUAAAUGACAAAUAUAAACAUAUUUGCCGUAUUAUUUGUUCAAAAUAUGGAAAAAUCUAUGAUCCAAAUAAAAUGAGAAAUGUACUGUCAUUAAUUAAUUCAAAUGGUAAUACCAUUAGAUUCCUUCAUUGCGAAAAUGUUGAUGAUUUGUUAGAAGUCUAUUGUACAGAAAACAGUAGUAUAUUAGAAACACAAAAUUCUGCUCACCGUACGUCGAUUCAGCUUGAGCCAUUCACGGAUAUAUGUCCGAUAUGUUCACAAGUCUCAACACAACGACCAUUAGCUAAAAGUGUUAUCGUAUUCUUUACAAAUGGUUUUCUAAGAAAAGGAACAGUUUACUAUUAUAUAUGUAAUAAUAAAAAUGCCAUUUGUACAAAUCAACCCGUAUAUAUUUAUCCAUCACAUUUUGGAAAAAGUGAAAAGUGA